AUUUUUUUAGAGAGAGAAACUGAUGGAAAAUUCUCAAAUAUUCCAUGAUUUCUCUGUUUCAACAUCAAUUUCGAAUGAUUCUUCUUCUUGUCAUCUGAAUUCUUCAGCUGAAAAUCAGAGUUACGAAGAUAUAUUAAAUAAUGCAGUUAAUAAUUCAGAACAAAAUGAUGCUAAUGAGGAUCCAGAAUCCUAUGUGGUUGUUGGCCAAGAUUUUGAAGAACCAGUUUCAUUAGAGGGAAGUGUAGUUAAGGAUGAUGAUGAGGCGUAUGAGUUAUACAACAGUCAUGCAUUUAGGAAUGGUUUUGGUACUAGGAAGGGUAAAAAGGAGUAUAGAAGUGGUACUAGAAUAGUUCGACAACGGUUUUUUGUUUGUGCAUACGAGGGGUUUAAAAAUCCAGAUGGUGUUGUGCCUAAAUCCUUUAAAAAAAUUGAUAGGAGAACUGGAUGCAAGGCUUCAGUUCAGUUUGAUGUUGAUAAGAAAACUGGAGUUGGCACGAAGCUUGCUAAUGUUCUUAGAGCUAUGAGGAAAGAAGUUGGUGGUGAGGCGAAUUUAGGGUUCACUGUUCCUGAUGCGUAUGAUGCUGUUUUGGCAGAGAAGAAGAAAAAGUUGGAUGGUUGUGAUUCAAAUCAGUUGAUCAGAUGGUUCGCUAUGAGGCAAGCUAAAGAACAUGAUUUUUAUUAUGAUUUUCAAUUGAAUGAAGAGAAUCAGUUGAUCAAUUUUUUUUGGAGAGAUGGAAGAAUGCGGUCUGAUUAUGAAGCUUUUGGUGAUUUAUUGAUUCAUGAUACAACUUAUCGUACUAAUAAAUACGAUAUGAUUUGUGGGCCUUUUGUUGGAAUGAAUCUUCACACUCAAAAUAUCAUGUUUGGAGUGGGUUUUAUAUUGAAUGAGAAGGCAGGUACUUUUGACUGGCUUUUUAAUUCUUUUUUGACUUCAAUGGGAGGGAAGCAACCUGUGACUAUCAUGACUGAUCAAUCUUCUGCCAUGGACAAGGCUAUAAGGGAAGUGUUUCCAAAAUCGAGGCAUCGUUUGUGUACAUGGCACAUUGGGGAAAAUGCUGUUGUAAACAUCAAAGGUGUUAUGGCCAAAGAAGGUUUCAAACGUCGGUUUGAUUAUGUUUUGAAAUAUACUGACACAGUUGCUGAGUUCGAGCAUCAUUGGAAUAGUCUUAUGACUGAUUACAAUUGCAAGACACACAAAUGGAUAGAGAGGUUAUAUGAUUUGAAAGAGAAAUGGUGUCCUGCAUAUAACAAAGAGUGGUUUUCUGGGGGUAUUUUAUCUUCUCAAAGGAGUGAGACGACAAAUCAUUCUAUUUCUAGGAGGUUGCAUAAAACGAAUGGUUUAUGUGAUUUUUAUAAGUGUUUUUUAGAUGUAAUUGAUGAAUGGAGAAGUAAGGAGAACAAGGGAGAUUAUAAUUCUUCUACUGGAAAUAGAUAUUACGCAUGUGCGGAUAACAUGUUAUGUUUGCAUGCGCGGGAUGUGUAUACCAUUGCAAUAUAUUUGAUAUUUGAGCAACGAUUCAUCAAAGCAAUUGGUUUGAGGUGUCAACGCAUUUCCUAUGAGUUUCCAGUUUCUAAGUACAUUGUUGGGCAUCCUACAAAGGAUUUUAUUAGACAUGUUGUGAUGUUUAAUGAGCAAGAGAUGGUUGUUGAUUGUACUUGCAAGUCAUAUGGAGAGAUAUGA